CGUGAAAGCAUGAGGAUUAUUAUGCUUCAAAAUAUGACUGAGACUGGAAGCAGGCCGUCCACACGUGAAGCCAAGAUGAACGGAAACGUGGUGAUCAUCGCGAUACUUCUCUCCCUCUUACUCUCCAUCAUCAUCGGCGCCUACCUGUUCAGCGUGUGGUGGUCCAAGCAGCUCCAUGGCCGAUCAGUGCGACGCCGCGAGGGCGCACGCGAGCUUGUCACCCUCACCCACUCCAACGCCAGGGCCAACGGGAGACGCUGGGUGGAAGUCCGCGUCAGGGAACCGGGCAACCCCCGUACGAAUUCCCCUGGCCCAGCUCUGACGAAGUUCCAGCAUACCGCUACGCAGAACCCCCCUCGGCCUGAAGGCGAGCGCAACAAAGACAACAGAGUGGACACCCUCAGGAACGAUCACCAGUGGGGUUCGCAUGCGAACAACAAUGGCAGAGUCGAGACCCAGAACAACAACAAUGAGUGGGAUCCUCCUGCGAAUGACAGCCAUGAUAACGAUGCCCACCGUCUGUGGAAUGAUGCCCCCGCUCAUCCAUCCCCGCAGCCAUCACCACCUAAGAGCUGGCAUCCAGAUCAGGAACCGGAACUGACACAAGCCGUACAUAACAUGUUCGGCGGUCGCGCGAGUGGGCAUAAAAACUCGAGAGCAGCGAGCAGAGUUGGCUCGAAUAGGCCUGAUCAAGGAGCUGCUGCUGGUGGUGAAUGGGAAGGAACUGCGAACGACAAGCGGGUUGACGAUUCUCAGUGGUAGAGUGGUAACAUGGGGGAGAUGGCUGGUUAAGAAUCGGAGGGAGGGAUGCAUCCGUUCUUGUAAUGUAG